AAGUACAGUCAGCCCACAAAUCCCAGGGAACCAUAACCUAAUUUCUCCAAGUUACCAGAGGUUACAUCAACUUCAUCAUGUUUUGAAAUUAUUUCGAGUAAACAUCAAUGUCACGCCCAAGACUGUUUACAAAUAGCUACUAUACGAUUGAUUGCCUCUUCUAGAGUGGAAGAAAUCUAGAAACUAAUUUGUAUUUAUUCAGAAAAUGACUAUAUCGGAAUACGUAAGCUCCCUGUCCGAUAACCCGUACUUCGGGGCCGGAUUUGGUCUCUUCACAGUUGGAGCAGCCGGGGCAAUUUUACGUAAAGGGCUUCAAACAUCCUUAAUUCUAUUUAGAAGACACUAUAUGACUACGAUGGAAGUUCAUUGUCGAGACAAAAGUUAUCAAUGGGUCUUGCAAUGGAUGACUGAAAAAGGAGCGAAGCAAACACAACAUUUAAGCGUUGAAACAAGUUAUGAGCAGUUAGAUUCUGGUCAUGUUAAGACCAAAUACGAUUUUAUCCCUAGUGUAGGUCAACAUUUCUUCAGGUACCAGGGUACAUGGAUUAAAGUUGAAAGGAGUCGAGACCAGCAAACAACAAUGCUUGAUACACCUUUUGAAACUGUAACCUUAACUGCUCUAAGUAGGGAUAAAGGAAUUUAUUUUUCAAUUCUUGAAGAUGCUCGGAAGAUGGCUCUUAAGAAAGAAGAGGGCAAACUUGUGAUGUAUACUGCAAUGGGUUCUGAAUGGCGCCCCUUUGGUCAUCCAAGAAGACGGAGACCCAUAACUUCAGUUGUUCUUGACAAUGGUGUUGCAGAUCGAAUCCAAAGCGAUGUUCAAGAAUUUAUUUCAAAUCCAUCUUGGUACACAGAGAGAGGUAUUCCAUAUCGUAGAGGCUAUCUUCUCUAUGGUCCACCGGGCUGUGGAAAGUCUUCAUUCAUCACAGCAUUGGCUAGUGAACUGGAUCUUAGUAUUUGUGUGCUCAAUCUGAGUGAGAGAUCUCUUACUGAUGACAGGUUAAAUCACCUGUUGGCUGUUGCACCACAGCAAACUAUCAUUUUGCUGGAGGACAUUGAUGCUGCUUUUAUCAGCAGGACGGAGUCAGAUAAAGUUGCAGCAGCAUAUGAGGGUUUGAAUAGAGUUACACUUAGUGGACUUCUCAAUUGUUUGGAUGGUGUUGCCUCUACAGAAGCACGUAUAGUGUUUAUGACCACAAAUCAUUUAGAAAGGCUUGACCCUGCCUUAAUAAGACCUGGAAGAGUAGACCUGAAAGAAUUUAUUGGCCACUGCAGCCCUAAUCAACUCAAAACUAUGUUUUUGAGAUUUUACAGUGGUCAAGGGAUGGAAGAAAAGGCAGAACUAUUUGUUGAAGCAAUAGUGAAGGCAGGGAAACAAGUGUCUCCUGCUCAAGUUCAAGGCUACUUCAUGUUCUUUAAAGAUGAUCCAGAGGCAGUGUUACUAAAUGCUCAUAGAUUACAAGAACUAUUAUAGAAUUAGAACUUCAAGAAAAAAUUUUAUGAUGAAUUUCCUCAGGAUUUAAGAAACAAAAAUUAUCUUUGGAGGCUCCAGUGGAUUCUUUCUGGCAGUGUAAGCAUCCAGUAGUAACUUUCUUACGGGUGCUUCAGUAAAAAGUUUGAAACUUGUGUCUGACAGAAUGUAAACUUCUGGUAUUGUAAUAUAUUUAAAGUACUCUAUGACGACUAACCUUGA